GCAGAAGGGAAUCGCGGACACACGCGCACAGAUACACGUUGAAUCACAUGGAGCAAGUCUGACAAAUCUUAAACACUUCUCCAAUUCGAGUUGGACCUUACAAUAUGUAAAUGGACCUUUUAACUCACCCAGCACAACUUCUACUGCCGUGGAAAUGCCCUAGGUGCAGGCCAGGAGGGUAAAGCCUAGUGCACACUACACGACUCAAGCUCAUCUCCUUUGAUGUUUUGAGUUGGCGACUGGUCUGCGACAAGAAGUCUCAGAACUGUGCGCAAUCCUGCGACAUGCCCCAGCAAGUUGCAGAAGCUACUAUGGAUUUCAAACAAGCUAGAAAUCUAGACGUCUUGUCGUCAGUUGUGUGCACUGCCCCGAUGAGCAAGAGACCAACAGUGAGCCACAGCCAAUGAAAUAUAGAGAGAUUGCAAGAGGAGAGCAAGCUUUCUCCAACAACCUCUUGCUCGUUAAUGGAGUUCCGGCAGGGCAGCGGUGAUUACUGCCACGCCCAACAUUGCAACGCUUGAUCUCUGGUGGAUUCGCCCGGAUCCACCCCUGGAUGUCCAGAGAAAUGCCUUCCCUGCUUUUCUCUUUCUGGUCUUUUUGACUGACCACCUCUCUGUGCGCCAAAUGGGUUAACUAGCAUCGCUGCACCUGGCAUUUGGCUACUGGACACUGUUCCACCCAUCUAGUUGCCCCUCAGAGCGCCCCUAACAAGCGAAAGAGGCAGAACCGUUAGAAGAAGAAGAUUCUUGUGGCCUACAAAAUCCCAGGCAGCUGUAUUUUUUUUGUGUGUACUGAUUAGUAGUUUAUAUACUUUUAUCAGAGGAUCCUGUGAAUCCCUGACACUUUUCACUGUGAUAGUGCAUCUGCUGUAGCACUGCUCUGUAGACCAGAGUAGUGCAGUACUGUGAGUUGACUGCUGAGGAUCCUGGCCCGGAUUGGGUGUUUUGUUUUCUGCAGAGUGCAGGGACACCAGCAUGGUCAGGAUGAACCGUCCGGCUCCUGUUGAGGUCUGCUACAAAAACAUGCGCUUCCUGAUCACGCACAACCCCACCAAUGCAACAUUAAGCAGCUUCAUAGAGGAUUUGAAGAAGUACGGGGCAACAACAGUGGUGCGUGUAUGUGAAAUUACCUAUGAUAAGACACCACUGGAGAAGGAUGGAAUUACCGUCAUGGACUGGCCGUUUGAUGAUGGUGCACCACCUCCCACGAAGAUCGUGGAUGACUGGCUCAGUCUGCUGAGGAAUAAGUUCUGUGAGGAUCCAGGGUGCUGUGUGGCUGUGCACUGUGUGGCUGGUCUAGGACGGGCUCCAGUGCUGGUGGCUUUGGCACUUAUAGAGAGUGGGAUGAAAUAUGAGGAUGCCAUUCAGUUCAUCAGACAGAAGCGCAGAGGCGCCAUCAACAGUAAGCAGCUGACAUACCUGGAGAAGUACCGCCCCAAACAGAGACUGCGUUUCAAAGACCCACAUAACCACAAAAGCAAGUGCUGCCUCAUGUGAUUCAGUCUCACCAGCCUGCCACUGAAGCACCCAUUCACUAAUGGACUAAACCGGACUAAAAUUACCAAUCCAGUGCAUUUGAACUCUUGUUACUUUUCAGGAGGGGAAUUUAACCCCCUUUGGUGUAUAUAUAUAUAUAUAUAUGAGACCCCUUCACACAGGGUCUUAACCAGCUCAGGGCUGUAAAAGACGAGCCUCUUGAAUUUUGUCUUAAAACACAAACCCCCAUCGUAAGUGUUUUCACAAAUAUAUUGUGAACACCCACACAUACACUAAUGCAUACUCUUCUACACACUCACAGCCAUCAUUCUGUACCAACAGCACACAGUCCAAAGAUAAUCAUGGCCAGCCACCUGCUCCUCUGGCAGGGUGAACCACAAUGAGGUCAUAGAACAAAAUCACUGUUUGUGACUACCCUAAUAUCUCUCCCUUUUAUAAUGGAGUUUCAGAAUGCACGUCACUCCAGUGAAUCACUACCAUAAAUGUUCUUAGGGAUUAGAGUUUUACACCACUGGCUGCUUACUGAUAGAACUGUGGGAGUCACUGAAAGCUGGAAUGAUUACAUAGCACACAUUCACAUUGUUACUAAGUUUUGGGAUGUUUUAGCUGCCUUUGAGCUGUUUUGAGGGCAAAGUGAAGGUCAGAACUCUUUUGUGAUCUUGUUCAUAGCAUAGCUUUGCUCAUAGAAAAGUCCAGCUAAUCUGAUACACUAAGUGUCCCAGAAUUGCAACAAUGAACUGAGGAAUCCAUGCUUAAUUUAAUAUAUCCACAAGAGUGAGUUGUUAAACUACAUUCAAAGUAAUAAUCCAGAAUCGCAGAGUCAUGGAAAAUUGUAGAAUGUUUAUUUAUGGGGGGGUUGGGGGUUGUGCACACUCAUGGCUGUUUUUCGCUUGACACUGUUGUACUAUGGACACUGCAGAAUUUCAGAAUCAGUGAAAUUUAAGAGUGGAGCUUAAAGGGCUAGUUUACCCAAAAAAGAAUUGAUCCAUGAUUUACUCACCCUCAUGUUGUUGCAAACCCCAUAUGACUUUAUUUUAUCCAUGGAACACAAAAGGAGAUGUUAGGCAGAACGUUAGUUUUAGGCAGGGACUAAAAACAAAAUGUUUUUCAUUUUGGUUCGUUCUGAGCAAAAACAGUAUUUUUUCGUUCCGGUUCAGAAGUUCCGCAGUCUCCUUUCCAAAAGGUCACCGGUUAGAACAAAAUAAAAGAGGUGGGUGAAAUACUAAUUGUAGUGUUGCCGUAUCUUCAAGAGAAACAAGCAACAUGGUCUAGAAAAAUAAGCCCAAAAUGUGCCAAUUGCUUCUCCCAAAUAAGCAAAAAUAAGCUAAAAGAAUUUUUCCCUGUGUGGUGGAUAUUUUGGCAUAGAAAUCAUAAGCAGUUAGUUAACAGUUAAGUAUAAUUUUAUUUAUUUAUACAGAUCUGCAUCUCAGUCAAAUCCCAGCAGCAUCAAAUCUGUAUUAAUGCAUCAUAUCUAACAAUAAUCCAGUGAAGACUUGGAAACAACUGAGAAAUUUACUUUCUACUUCUAAUAAUGUUUUCCUUGUAUCUGGAUUAACCGUGCAUGUAUAUGUAGUAAUUAUACAUAGUUGUUAAAAAGGUCUUCAUUCACAGAAUGUGACAUCCACAAUGGGCAGUUAGGCAAAGAAAUGUGUGAUGCAGCAGUUUCCUAUAGGUUCAAAGCACGUUUCAUUUUUCAGGCAACAUGAAGUGGUGUAAUUCCAAAACCCUUUAGCCUUUAGUUUCAUGAAAAAAUGAUCUGAACAAUAUUAACUGUUUAUACCCAGUUACCAGCAUUUUCAAAUAAAGUUUUCACUCUGGAACAAUUGAAAAUCACUUUGUUCCGGUUUUCAGUUACGUUCUGCACAAAAUGUAGUUCAUUUUCGUUCCUUGAACAGUUUUUAGUCCCUGGUCUUGGGUACUAUUCACUUUCAUUGCAUCUUUUUUCCUUACGAUGCAAGUUGAUGAUGAGUGAGGCUGUCAUUCUGCUUAACAUCUCCUUUUGUGUGCCACAGAAGAUAGUCAUAAGGGUUUGGAACAACUUAAGGGGGAGUGAUGAGAGAAUUUUCAUUUUUGAGUGAACUAUCCCUUUAGUGUAUAUUUUUUUUUUUUUUUUUUUCAGAAUGAGAAAUGAAAAGGGAUCAGGAUCUCUGUUGAACUAGUGGUCAUGUAGGCACCAGGGAAGCAAGCGUGUAAAUGAAUGUGUACUCUCACUCAUGCUUCAACUAUAUGAUCAUUAAUCUGCUUCCUCUCAUUGUCAGAUUCAUUUGGAUAUGAAUGAUUAGUAUUCUAAAUGUGGCAUCUAAUGUGUAUGACCCUAGGUCUCGAUUAAUGUCACAUUUCUCUGCAAAUCAGUUUGCUCAAUGAAGCAAAUAUUAAAGACAUUUCCAAUAAAAGUGUAUUUUUGCAGUUACAUCCAGAAGAAGGACUAUGGUGAGCCUAAGCAAAUACCACUGCACAUAAUUUUUCAUUCUGUAUUUUAUGGAAUAGUACAUUUAGCUUAAGUUUGAUAAAUACAGUACAUUCAUUUACCCUCCAAUAUUCCUCUACAAAAGUAGUUACAGGAGCCAUUUCUAACUCACUGUAAUUGAGAUCAGGUCUUAAGUUUACACCUCUGACCUUACUAACUAGACACAAUUUUGAUACUUGAGGAAGUUAUGUCGAGCAGGAGAAAGCUGCACUGACAAACUAGCUUUAAUCUAUUCUCUGGAUUCAAUAGUCUCCCUUUUAUUUUAUUUUUAUGAGAGAUCUUUAAAUCUAGUCAUGUCGAAAGUGUUUUUAUAGUUAAAAGUAAAUAAAGCAGCCUUAUGUUGCUCUAAUAUAAGGGCUUUUCUCCAAUAUAUACAGAGAUUACAGGGAAUUUCAUUCAUUUUGUGGUUUUGAUCUUUUGUACAACUCCACCACCUGUUUGGUGUUUGCCUUUGUGAACCUAACAUAAUAUGUAAUGUUAAGAGUUAACAUUGACACAUGAAAAUGUGAUGCCAUCAGCAAAUAAAAAAAAAUAAAUCAAA